AUGUCUUUGAUAAUAAAACGGUCAGAUAUCGAUGAUGAAACGGAGAUUGAAGUGAUUGAAUCGGAGCGUCCAACCAGGUGCAAGGACAAAUGUUUCAAGGUUCUGAGAGAAAAUCUAUUUAUGAUUCUCAUUCUCGUCGGCGUGGCUGUGGGAUUUGGGCUUGGCUUUGGAUUACGUGCCACUACAGACUCGCCGAUUGUCCAACAAUGGAUAGAACUCCUUGGCAAAAUCUACAUCAAUGUUUUGGACUUAACCAUACUUCCUUUAAUAGCCUCAAAUCUUAUCAUCGUUAUCGCUAACCUUAAUCCGAAAGAACAGGGAAUAACGAGCAUAAUUACGCUGGUUUACAUUAUUGGAAUGAACCUGUUGGGAUCUUCGAUUGGAACAGCCGCUUCCGUCAUCAUUCAGCCCGGCUCUGGAAUUGCUGCAGAAACGAACACCACCACUGACGAAGACCCACGACUCAGAUCGACAACGUCUGAUGUGUUUUCCGACCUUGUUCUGAACUUGUUUCCUGACAACAUCAUUGGGAUGUGCAUUUCACAGGUUAAAUCAAGGCGUGAGUAUGAGCCAGGGUCUAAUGGAACGAAAGUAAUUCGAGUUGUAGGAUCUACAAACUCAAAGAAUCUAAUUGGCAUUCUCUUGGUCUCAAUCGCCUUUGGCUUGGCAGCGAGAGCCGUUGGCUCUGCAGGACGUCCGUUUCUUGACUUCUUCGAGUCCCUUUGUGAAGUGACUAUCAGAUUGGUCCGUGUCUUCCUUCUACUGACUCCAGGAGGUGUGUGUUUCAUGAUUGCGGGAGCCGUAAUGGGCGUUAGCGAUAUUGCCGGGGAGUUUUCGAAGGUAGGGAAGUUUGUCCUCACCGUCACAGCUGGAAUCGCCGUCCUCUUCAUCAUGGACCUCCUCAUUUAUUUCAUAAUAGCAAGGCGAAAUCCGUUCAAAUUCCUUCCUCACACCAUCAAAGCUUGGUUCAUCAGCUUUGCUACGACUUCACCAAUCGUCUCGCUACCGGAAAUGCUUCAGGGAUGCGAUGAUUAUGGAAUUCGGCCCGCGAUAUCGAGGUUUGUCUGUCCCAUUGCCACAGCCAUGAAGUCAGACGGACCGGCAGUUUUCAUCUCCUGUGCAUGCAUGUUUGUUGCACAAAUGGAGCUCUCGCCAGUGCCAGCUACCACUGUCGUGGUUAUUUGGCUUUUGACCUCAGUCUCGGUGUUGGCUAUACCGCACAUCCCAAGCGCGAGUAUCAUCAUUUCGAUAACCAUCCUCAAUUCUGCUGGUGUCGCCACAAAGAGUACCGCCUAUCUCUACGCCAUUGACUGGCUCCUCCGGAGUGGUGGGUGCGGUCCGUCGACAAGUUCACAAAAGAACGGUGCCUUUGUCAGUAAACAGCCCUACGAUUGCCAAUGCUUUUUAAACCCCAUCGACUUUGGCACCCUGGAGGCGAUAGGUUUCAACAGUUCGAUUGGCAUAAGCACUGGCGCAAAGAUCCACCCCUCAAAGUUGAGUCAUCUUAUGCAAUUUUGCGCAGUCACACCACAAACCAUGAGUACCAUCAGUGUCAGCGAUGCGAAUGCCAAGGAAAAGCCCCAACGCAAUAAAGUGGUUCAAUGCAUUUGCAAUAACAGGUUUAUGAUAACCAUUAUUGCUGGCGUUAUCAUCGGUUUCGCUAUUGGAUUUGGCCUUCGAGAAUUGCCGACCAUCAGUGAACCUCUUAAGGUUUGGAUUUCAAUGCCUGGUGACAUCUACAUUCGUCUGCUCAAACUAACAAUUCUUCCUCUUAUCGCUUCGAAUGUUAUUAUUGUAAUUGCAAAACUGGAUCCUAAAGAAAAUGGCAAAAUUAGCGUUGUCUCCUUCAUUUAUAUCGUCGUCUUUAACAUUCUUGGAGCCAGUAUCGGGACCGCUGCUGCGAUGGCCAUAGGUCCAGGAAAAUUCUCUGAUGCGUCAGGGCCGUCAAAGCCAGAGCCAGAAAACACCAUGCCGGCGACCACGUCCGAUGUGUUCGCAGAUUUAUUUUUAAACGUGUUUCCUGACAAUAUCGUCGGCAUUGCUCUUCAGCAAGUGGUCACAUCAUAUGAGUACGAAGGAACCAAUCCUGAAACCGGCGAAAAGGUAUUCAAAAGAGUUGUGGGAACAGAUGAUGGAACCAACAUGAUUGGUGUUAUUUUUGUGUGUGUAACGUUCGGUCUCGCUGCCAGUGCCACCAAAGAACGCGGACUUCCUUUCCUGGAAUUCUUUGCUUCACUAGCCGAUGUCGUCCUGAAGCUGAUUCGCGCAUUUCUUCAAGCAACCCCUAUCGGUGUUUGCUUCAUGAUUGCUGGAGCUGUUAUCAAAGUGGACGACAUUGCGGGCAGCUUUGCAAAGCUUGGCAUUUUUGUAGCUACCGUUGUGGUUGGCAUUGCUGUUCUAGCGGUCCUUGAAGUACUCAUAUACUGGAUCUUCACCCGCAGAAAUCCAUUAACUCCCAUCAAACAUAUGAUGAAGGCCUGGUUUAUUGUGUUUGCCACAACAAGCGCCAUCGUUGGUGUUCCCGAAAUCUUGGAGGGGUGUGACGAAAUGAACGUUCGCAAGGGGACCUCGCGGUUUGUCGCUCCGCUGGCGGCUACACUGAAAGCCGACGGUUCGGCCAUCUUCAUCGCUGCAUCCGGCGUCUUCAUCGCACAGAUGGAGGGUUUGGGAGACAACGCAGGCAAAAUUGUAGUUAUCUGGCUACUGACCUGUGCAUUGGUCAUCGCUAUUCCCCACAUACCCAGCUCAAGUAUCGUCAUUAUUAUUACCGUUCUUUCCUCCGUCAGUGUGCCUGUUGAGCAGGUCUCUCUGCUCUAUGCAACAGAAUGGCUGCUGGACCGACUUCGUUCUGGGAUGUCUUGUGCCUCCACUUUUUACUGCGUCGUUUUCACUGAGUAUUUAACACUCGAUAAGGGAGGAGAGGAAGAUACUCCCGACUUUGAUGAGGUCAUGUCGGAACUCUCGGAGGCAAAAAAUCUGAAGAGAAUUUCGUGA